AUGUCCCGCAUGCCCGCCCUCGCCAUGUCUCACCUCAUCGCGCCCGACGCGCUCUCCUCGCCGCCCUCCGAGUCUCACACGCUUCCCGUGCCCUGGGACGCGCACCUCCAGCCCGCGUGCACCGGUGUCUUCUACGCGCCGCAAGCAAUGCCAGUGCCCGCGACGGCGUACAUGCCCACGAUAUACGCGCCCCAACCGCAGCGCGUGCUCAAGAGCAGCCGCAUGUCCACACCCCACGGGGACAAGGAGCAGACGCUCUGCAUUCCCACCCACCAGGUGUUCGACAUUCCGCCGAACGCACCGGUGCCGUCGCCUUCGCCUUCGCCCUCUCCGGCACCCGAGCAGCAGCUCCAGCCGCGAUUGAGCAUCUCGAUCAACCCGAGCACCGUGCCUCAGAAGCGGCCCUGCUCGAGCGCGGGCAGCACGAGCAAGAAGGUGCGCGGCGGGGAGCGCACGAGCACGAAAGACUUCGUGCCUCCAGACGUCUCAGGGCUCAGCAAGCGCGAGGCGCGGUUAGUCAAGAACCGCGCGGCAGCGUUCCUCAGCCGGCAGCGCAAGCGGGAGGAGUUUGAGACUAUGGAAAUAGGCCUCGUUGCUCGCAAGCCGACGCAUAUCCCUUUUACGCGGAUUGUGUCUUUAGGCGGUUCCGCAGAUAUCCCGACGCGGGGCAUGCUCUUUCAUCGCGUCGCGGAGCUCGAGCAAGAGAACGCACGCCUCCUGGCGCUCACCCAGCAAACAUCCGCCUCGCCAAAAUCUGACGAGAACCUCAUGUCAGAGGUGGAGCAGCUACGCAGUCAGCUGGCCGCACUGGAGGAACGGGAACGCGUGCUCGCCGAGGAACUCGAACGGCAAGCGGUGGUGCGCUCACCAUCGCCUGCGCCCUCGGCUUCGUCUGCAGGCGAGUCGGAUGUGAAGAUGGAGGAAGUCGGGCCGUUGCGAUCGACGCGAACCGAGAAGUCGGGAGCGAGCCUGGGGCUGAUGGUCCUAUUGUGCGCGCUGCCGACGUUACUCUCGAUGCCGUCGCACUCGCAUCAUUCGCAAGUUCCCAACACGCUCUCACUCCCACUCUCGCAUAUCAACGCCCUGCCGCCUUUCGACAUGCAAUCGAUCUUCCCGUCGUCGCUGGACACCGAUUGGCCGUUUGACGCGUCGCACAUGGAUCUUGACAUGGACAAGUUCGACCUCGACUUCGACCUUGACAAGGACGACAGCACGCGGUUCGCUUCUGCAGCGCCCAUGGUGACCCGGAAACUGGAGAUUGAAGGCACCGAGGUACUCGGACCGCUGGACAUCAGUUUCGACACGAGCUCCGCGGAGAACGGCAAGAUUCGCGUGCGGAUACACCCUCUGUCCUCGGCUGUCUCAUCGACCACGUCCUCGGCCUCCGUCAGCUCAGCAGGCUCGCCGCCGGCAGUGCACUUUGAGGACGACAGCUCGAUCUCGUCAUCGCUGACGUCUGAAUCCAGCGUGCCGUCGCCGAAACCGGAUGCGGAUGCGGACGCCCUAGGCCCGUUCCUCGGUGUCCCAGGAAACUUCGCCCUGACGGACGACGAGUUCAGUUCGUUAUCGCAAGGACACUCGGCGUUCGACUAUGACAGCUUCAGCGAUAGCGGGUAUAGCUACGGCUCGCGCGCGGGCUCACCUGGCGCAAGCGCCGGCGGUCGGCGCCGUGUGCGCAUCGCGCUGAAGAACAUCCCUGGCCGCGGACGUGAAGGCGGCGAGUGGGAAAUCGAGUUGUGCUAG